AUGACCCAGGGCGGCUACAUGUGGCUGGGCCGACAAGAGACAUCGCGAGCAAAGCGGAAGCCUUUCUUCCGUGCAGACGGCAAGACAUUCAUCGGACACGUCCCCUUCAGCGGCCAAGAGACGUAAGUAAGGCAGGGCUUUCUGCUGGUGGCCCUCGGGGCGGGCCAGCCAUCAAGAGCAUGCCGAUACAUACACCUUGUUCAACCUACUCAGCUUUUCCUAUCGUGUUCAGGUACCCGUUUAAAGGGCCCCUGUCAGCCAUCCCUGACCCACACAAGUGGCACAUCUACGGGUACGAAGCCAACGAUCAGUACUGGGCUUUCUAUCUCGAUGGCGAGCUCAUGUACGGCGGCAAGAGGCAAAUCAUCGACGUCCGUGACAUACACGCGCUGCCAAACUUCCACUGCCAAGUAAGUGAGGCAGUGCGGCAGUCAGGUCGAUCGAGGGCCCGACAGACAGACAGACAGACAGACAGACACCCACACGUAUUUGUGUAUGUGUGGAUGCACCCAUCCGUCCGUCCGUCCGUCCGUCCUCGAAUCAGCACUUCCUGAUGCUAAAUGUGCUGGCCACCAAGGGGCCGUCUUUGCGUGACGGCAUCGAGCCUAGCGGUCGCAUGGACGUGGACUGGGUCAGGUGCUACUCGUACAAUGACGAAGUGGGGGCGGCCUCGUCGCACAUCUGGCGGCUCUGGCAGACCUACCCUCGAGUGCUGCCCGACUGCGUCACCGGUGCGGACAUCGGCAUACACAGACCCAUUGUCUCGGAACAACACACAUGUCGUCUCGUUGCCAUGUGUGUCUGAUGCUCGCAGACCCCAUGCGUGAGAGUGACCGGUGGAGGAAAUGGCCCAACGGCAGCUGCAGGUAAGUCGGACACACAGGAGCCAGCCAGCCUGCCAUGCCCCUGGCAUACAGUCACUCGUAUUAUCCAUGUAUGUAUGUAUGGGGGUGUGUGUGCGUGUAGGUGGCACGACGUGGUCAUCAAUGGGGGCGGCAGCGGUGCUGGCGAGACAGACGAGGGGAGCCAGCUGACGGCUGCUGCCGCGAUGCGACAUUUGUGGACGGAGACCGGCCUUAUGGCCGAAGAUAUUGCACCCAUUUGCCUUGCGCUGCGGGACAGGGAGGCCGGCGAGCGGCCUGCGAAUUUGGGCAACGCGUCGUGGGUGCCUCUGGCUUAUGCCGCCUGUGCUAGUAUGGCAUGA